AUGACUCUCGAAGAGUUGUGGAGCUCACUUCUCGUCCUCGUCGCUGCCGUUUUCGUAUGGCAGUAUCUGGAGAUACGGAAAGUCAGGAACGCCUUGAAAAAUAUAUCUGGUCCCACUCCUGCAUCAUUUCUGACAGGCAGCAUCCCCCAACUCUUCUCUCGUGAAAGUACGAACUUUCAGCGACACUUGGCAUUUGACUAUGCUCCCGUUGCAAAGCUGUAUAGCAUGUUUGGGCGGCCCAUGCUAUAUAUCUCUGAUCCAAAGGCAUUGCACACGAUUGUAAUCAAGGACGAGCCCUCGUUUCUGGAGCCUGAUUCUUUCAUUGCAAUGAAUCACUUGCUAUUUGGACGCGGAUUACUAGCGACUUUGGGUGACACACACCGCAAGCAGCGUAAGCUACUCAAUCCAGCAUUCUCUAUCAAUCAUAUGCGCCACAUUAUACCGAUCUUCUACAAUGUCGUGUACAAGCUGCGAGACGGAAUCAAGAAGCAAAUUAGCAGAGAAGCCGAGGAAAUCAAUAUGCUUGACUGGAUGGGGCGUACGGCACUUGAAUUGAUAGGUCAGGGUGGCCUUGGAUACUCCUUCGAUCCCCUUAUUGAGGACGCGCUCAGCGAAUAUGGUCAAGCUAUUAAAACACUGAUGCCGAACCUAAUUAAAAUACCCACGACGCGACUCAUGGCUCCCUACCUCAUCAGAGCAGGGCCCGCCUCCUUCAGGCGCUUCAUCCUCAACCUCGUGCCGAACAGCGAUGUGCAGAGAGUCAAGCACAUUGUUGAUACCAUGGACUCCCAGUCACGUGCGAUAUUCGAGAAGAAAAAAGCUGUUUUUCUCCAGGGCGAAGAGGCCAUCUUACAGCAGAUGGGAGAAGGCAAAGAUAUCAUCAGCAUUCUAAUGCGAGCGAAUGCUUCCACUUCCGAGGCGGACAAAUUAUCCGAAGACGAAAUCAUCGCUCAGAUGUCAACCUUUGUCUUUGCUGCGACGGACACAACAUCAAACACGUUGGCCCGUAUCUUACAUAUAUUAGCAGAGCGUCCUGACGUGCAGGAUAAGUUGCGGGCUGAGGUACUAGAUGCGCAUGCGGGAGAAUUGUUAUCAUAUGAUGAACUCGACAAGCUCUCCUUACUUGAUGGCGUGUGUCGAGAGACAUUGCGUCUAGAUCCACCUAUUCCAGUCCCUUCACGGGUUGCAAACAGGGACACAAUCAUCCCGCUGGCCGAGCCCCUCGUCGGAAUCGACGGCAGCCUGAUAAGAGAAAUUCCUAUCGUUAAGGGAACUGAAGUUAUGAUCGGAAUUCUGGGCUGGAACGCGAGCAAAGAACUCUGGGGCGAAGACGCGCAUGAAUGGAAGCCUGAGAGGUGGCUCACCCCUCUUCCAGGAAAGGUCACCAAGAGUUCCAUUCCUGGUGUCUAUGCCAAUUCGAUGACUUUCGUUGGGGGAAAGAGAGCGUGCAUCGGCUUCAAAUUCUCGGAGAUGGAAAUGAGCAACAUUUCCCAAAUGUUUGCUCGCGAAGGUACAAGUUUCCAGCGACAUCUUGCAUUUGAGUAUCCUCCCGUCGCCAAGUUAUAUAACAUAUUGGGUCGGCCCAUGCUAUAUGUCUCUGAUCCCAAGGCAUUACACACGAUCUUGAUCAAGGACGAACCUUCAUUUCCAGGGCUGGAUAUAUCGUUUAAUUACUUGAUGUUCGGCCGUGGAUUACUAGCGACUUUGGGUGAUACACACCGUAAGCAACGCAAACUACUCAACCCAGCGUUUUCCAUCAACCACAUGCGUCAUAUUAUACCGAUCUUUUAUAACGUGGUGCACAAGCUUCGCGACGGCGUCAAGAAGCAAGUUACAGGCGGAACUGAGGCAAUUGAUAUGCUAGACUGGAUGAGUCGUGCAGCACUUGAAUUGAUCGGCCAAGGCGGCCUUGGAUAUUCCUUCGAUCCCCUUAUCGAGGACGCGCCCAACGAGUAUGGGCAGGUUAUGAAGACAUUGGUCCCGAACCUGAUCAAAGUUUCUGUCGUGCGGUUCAUGAUUCCUUACCUCAUCAGACUAGGACCCGCCCGGUUCAGGCGCUUCAUAGUCGACCUGGUGCCAAAUGACAAUGUGCAGAGCAUAAAGCGCACCGUUGAUAUCAUGGAUUCGCAGGCGCAUGCGCUCUUCGAGAAGAAGAAAGCUGCUCUCCUUCACGGCGAGGAAGCUAUCUUGCAGCAAAUAGGAGGGGGCAAGGACAUCAUGAGCAUUCUGAUGCGAGCAAAUGCUUCCACCUCUGAGGCAGACGGAUUAUCCGAUGAAGAAAUCAUUGCCCAGAUGUCAACCCUCGUCUUUGCUGCGACAGAUACGACAUCGAACACGUUGGCCCGUAUCUUACACAUACUCGCAGAGCGUCCUGACGUGCAAGAUAAAUUACGUGCUGAAGUUCUAGAUGCGCAUGCUGGGGAAUCCCUAUCAUAUGAUGAACUCGACCAACUUCCCCUACUCGAUAGCGUGUGCCGCGAGACAUUGCGAUUGGAUGCGCCUCUCCAGUACCCUCUGCGCGUCGCAAACCGAGACACGGUUCUCCCACUGUCCGAGCCAAUUGUGGGUGUCGACGGCAGCUUGAUAAGUGAGAUCCCCAUAGUCAAGGGAACAGAGAUCAUCAUGGGAGUCCUGGGCUGCAACGCGAGCAAGAAACUUUGGGGGGAAGAUGCGCAUGAAUGGAAGCCUGAGAGGUGGCUCGCCCCCCUCCCGGAGACAAUCACAAAGGCGAACAUUCCUGGUGUCUAUGCCAACUUGAUGACAUUCAUUGGUGGCAAGAAAGCGUGCAUCGGCUUCAAGUUUUCUGAGAUGGAGAUGAAGGUUGUCCUAUCGGUGUUGCUCUCAAACUUUACAUUCGAGCCGACGGACAAGCCUAUCGUGUGGAAUGCUGGAGGCUUGCGCUAUCCCACGGUGGGUACUGUAAGCAACAAGCCCCAGAUGCCGCUGAAAGUGCGGUUGUAUGAGGGCGUGAAAGCAUCAUGGUAA